AUGACGGCAGAGGCGCAGCCGGGCCGCUUGCGCAGCCCCCUCCCCCUCGCCCUCCUCCCCCUCCUCCUCUUCCUCCUCCUCCUCCUCCUCCUCCCGGCUCCUCGGCCGCGCAGAGCAGCGGCAGCAGCGGCGGCGGCGGCAGCAGCCACCCGAUGUCUUCGGCGCCCGAGAAGCAGCAGCCCCCGCUCGGCGGCGGCGGCGGGGGAGGCGGCGCGGCCAUGGACCCCGCGUCGUCCGGCCCGUCCAAGGCCAAGAAGACGAACGCCGGCAUCCGCCGCCCGGAGAAGCCACCGUACUCGUACAUCGCGCUCAUCGUCAUGGCCAUCCAGAGCUCUCCCACCAAGCGCCUGACCCUCAGCGAGAUCUACCAGUUCCUGCAGGCGCGCUUCCCCUUCUUCCGCGGCGCCUACCAGGGCUGGAAGAACUCAGUGCGCCACAACCUCUCGCUCAACGAGUGCUUCAUCAAACUGCCCAAGGGGCUCGGCCGGCCCGGCAAGGGCCACUACUGGACCAUCGACCCGGCCAGCGAGUUCAUGUUCGAGGAGGGCUCCUUUCGGCGGCGGCCGCGCGGCUUCCGAAGGAAGUGCCAGGCGCUCAAGCCCAUGUACAGCAUGAUGAACGGGCUGGGCUUCAACCACCUCCCGGACACCUACAGCUUCCAGGGCUCGGCCGGCGGCCUCUCGUGCCCGCCCAACAGCCUGGCGCUGGAGGGCAGCCUGGGCAUGAUGAAUGGCCACUUGCCGGGUAACGUGGACGGCAUGGCCCUCCCCAGCCACUCGGUGCCCCACCUGCCCUCCAACGGCGGCCACUCAUACAUGGGCAGCUGUGGCGGCACCGCGGCUGGCGAGUACCCGCACCACGACAGCUCUGUGCCGGCCUCCCCGCUGCUGCCCGCAGCCACCAGCGGGGUUAUGGAGCCACACGCCGUCUACUCCGGCUCGGCCGCUGCCUGGCCACCCUCAGCCUCCGCAGCCCUCAACAGCGGCGCCUCUUACAUCAAGCAGCAGCCCCUGUCGCCCUGUCCCCCCGCAGCCAACCCCCUGUCUGGCAGCCUCUCCACGCACUCCCUGGACCAGCCUUACCUGCACCAGAACAGCCACAAUGCCCCAGCGGAGCUCCAAGGCAUCCCUCGGUAUCACUCGCAGUCACCCAGCAUGUGUGACCGAAAGGAAUUCGUCUUCUCUUUCAACGCCAUGGCUUCCUCGUCCAUGCACUCGGCAGGCGGGGGCUCCUACUACCACCAGCAGGUCACCUACCAAGACAUCAAGCCCUGCGUGAUGUGAGGCCGGUCCGCAGGACCCUCCCGGCACUGGCCGGCCCGGGACUUCGCAGCCACUGCCGGAGACUGCGUUAUUCUUGAGGUAUAACCUUCCGCAGGAGAAAGGGGCCCGGCCCCUCCCCGCCCGCCGGAUUGCUUGGAAAGAAAUCCCCAAGGCCAAGACCCAGCGCCGCGACCUGGGAUCAGCAACUCCUUCCGUCCCCUCACAGAUUUUUAAAGAUUUGUCCGAUGGUGGUGGUGGGGCUGAGUGGACCGGAGCUGUCGGGGAAGGAGGCGUCUGUUUUCCGCCCUGUCCAGGCCGUGGGCUGCAGAAGUGCAGUCGGGGACAACCUGCAACUUCCAAACGAGAGUUCUGCUGAGAGCCCUCCAGGCGCUGCCGUGGCAGAGGGGGGGGGCUUUUACAGGAAAGGCAAACGAGCGAGACCAAUCAUUAUCAAAUACUUUUUAUUUUUCGAUUGAGUAUUUAUCUUUUUAUUUUUAACUUUUUUGAAAGAAUGUUUUGGAAAGCGCAAGCCUCCCUUUACAGCCCUCUUUCCAAGAGGGGAGGGGACCAGGCCCGGUGCUCUCCCCCGGUCUCCGACGCCUCCUCUGCAAACACAGGUGGAUCUCUGUGCGAAUAACUUGCAUUUCUGAAGCCACUGUUCCUCUUCAGAAGAAAACAGGAGCCGAGAAGCCCACAAGUGCGGCUGUCCAGGCCUCUGCUGUCCCUGCCAGCUUCCUCUCCCCUCACUGUUUUGAGUUUCAGUCUUCCCUCGUCCGUGGGUGUUUUCUCUCUCCCAGUCUCUACUGUAAACUUUCUGGUCCCAGGACGAAGCCAACACGGCCAGAGGCGCAGGGACGGGAGGCCCAGGACCUCGAGCUCGGCAUCGCGGUGACGCAGAAAGGUUAAGGCACUUUUAAAAUUCUAGCAAGGCUCUUCCUGUUAUUUAUUCUACUUUCUUUCCCUAAUAAUCAAAACCCCGCACAGGCUCCUCCAUUUAUCAGUAUUAAUGGUGUAACUUGUUGGCAAUAUUUGCCGCGUAGAAUUUUUUUUAGAUACCCAUUGUAAAUUUGAAACAAAGACCAAACCAUGUAAAAACAAAUUCCCAUAUGUUUUAUAUAAAUAUAUAUAUAAUAUGAAGGACUACCCGCCUUUUUUAGUAUUUCGGCUGUCGGGGUGCAGCGUUUGUGAGACACAUAUUUUCAGUUUCCUUCUGCACUGUAUAAAAUGACGAUUUGAGGAUGUUUUGCCUUUUGUGUACUUUUUUCCUAAAAAAAGAACAAAAAUAAAAAUGUGUAACAUUUGUACAUG